GCCAUGUUUUGCGAUAGUAGUCUCGUCAUGCAUUUUGAACAGAUGAAAAUUUAUUGAUAAUAAAAAUUGUAAAGUGCACGUGAUUAUCUAGCAAUAGGUAAAGUUUAAUGUGCUUUAGAAAAUUGAAUUCCCCGGCUGCAAACUUUGCUACGAGAUUUUUCUUUCUUUUUUUAAACAACUAGAUAUUUUGCAUAAUUUAGUUGUCAUUCGGCAUCGAAGUGUGAACAUAUUAACAACAAAAACAGGACAGGUCUUUUACAAUAUAUUUUGGUGAUCAUGUGGUCGUUGACGUGAGUCACGGUUGUGGAUCAUUCGAUAUUUUAUUGUGGAAGUAAUUGAUACUGAAUUUGGAAAAAUCAAUGAAAAGGUGCAAAUGAGGUUUUAAAGCUUCUGUACACAGAUUACACUGUAAGCGAAACUAUCGACGUACUGCAAAUAUUGAAGCCCAUAUAGCAGAAAAGUGGAGAAAUAAGACUACGAAAGACAAAGUGACGACGACAAACUAACCAAGUAACAGAAGAUGUUGGUGCAAGCGGCUCGCCACUGUCCCCAGCAUGUUCUUUUUUCCCUGUGGAGGCGGAAGAGCCUCCUCCUGGGCUGCGUCAUGGUCACUUCUGUCUUCGUGGUGUGCCUCCAGUUCGGGUCCAGUGGAGGAAACGGUCAUUUAGUGGAGAAUGGACUGCCCCAACAAAAUGGGCGGGAGGAGUUCCCUUUGGGAAUGGCAGGAGUUGGUGGAAGUCACAAAACGCUCAUACCAAGGAGAAAUCUGUCAGCCCUGAAUCAGAGGCAAGACCAGAACUCCAUAGGAAUUGGUGAAAUAAGGCCAGGGCAGCUAGUGGACAUGAGUGGGAAACCACCUCGCUAUCAGCAGCAACCUGUGGGUGGCGAUCCACAUGCCCUGAACUAUGUUGGUGCCGCGCCAAACAGUAAUAAUUUGGGAGACCGCAUGCAGGUGUACGAUGGCGGAAAAGCACUCCCCAAUCCUGCACCAAACAACUGGCAAGAUCCCCAACAACAACAGCAAGGCAGGACAUGGCAAUACCAAAAGAAUUCGGCCAAUGGCAAUACCGGCACGACAUAUUUUGUUCCACCUCUUCGAGUGGUUCACUUUGAUUUGAAGGGCGCACCGCCAAAAGUGUCCUACUUCAAGCAGAUAUUUCCCUUACUGAAAGAAGCAGGCGCUAACGCUAUACUUAUGGAGUAUGAAGACAUGUUUCCCUUCACUGGAAAUUUGGCUGCAUCGUCUGCAAAAAAUGCUUAUUCCAGAGAAGAUGUCCAGACCAUUCUCAACCUCGCUAAGACUCAUCAUUUUGAAGUCAUACCCUUGGUGCAGACUUUUGGUCAUCUCGAGUUUGCUCUCAAGCUGAAAGAGUUCAGAGAUUUGAGAGAAGUGGAUGACUUUCCUCAGGCUAUAUGUCCGUCAAGGAACGAGUCUUUCAGUUUGGUCGAGAACAUAAUUGAUCAGGUGAUGGCUAUGCAUCCGAACAUCAGGUGGCUGCACGUCGGAUGCGAUGAAGUGUACCACUUGGGAUAUUGCAGCAAGUGCAUGAGGCUGGACAGGGACAAUUUGUUUUUGUCACACGUUGCUCGAGUGGCUCGCUAUGUUCGAGAUAAACAUAAGGUGAUACCAAUUAUUUGGGAUGACAUGCUACGCCAGAUGCCAACUGAAAAACUGAAAGAAUUCCAGCUUGGACAACUCGUCGAGCCGAUGGUCUGGACUUACGUGAAGGAUGUUUACCGCUUUGUUCCUUACAAUGUCUGGCUGUCUUACAGCGAAGUAUUUCCUUUCGUUUGGGCCGCCAGCGCUUUCAAAGGAGCUUUCGGCGAGACUCUCACAGUUCCAAAUGUAAAGAUGCAUCUUGAAAACAAUGAAGCCUGGUUGGAGGUGAUGGCCGAACAACAUAAAAAGUUUGGAAACUUCAGAGGUAUCGUCAUUACCGGGUGGCAACGCUAUGACCACUUGGCAACCCUUUGCGAGCUUCUGCCUGCUGGAUUGCCAUCGCUGGUGCUUGACCUUCUCACCGUCACUCAAGGUUAUUUCAGCCAGCAGCUUUUCACCAAGUUUCAUCACAUACUUCAGUGCACUGUUCACCAGAGGUCUCAAGUCGAUUUCGAGACCGAUCCACAUCUCUGGCAGCGAGCUUCCUCCUGCUUUUUCCCUGGCUCUGCCGUAUUCCGUAUGACUCAACAUCACAGCGAGGCUGUCAAACGUGUAGAUGAUUACCUUUACGAUGUCACUGUUCACAAGGCUUGGCUCACCGAUUACAAUAUCCGACACAACAUAACAAGUCCAAUGAGAGUCGAUGAAGGUCUUGCUGAUUACUCAUCAGUUUACUAUCCACUCACAUCUCUUGUACGAACAGCAAGAGAUGCGCUUCGUGAAGUCUAUGACGAGUACACAGUUGCAGAGUGGAUAGAACAGAACAUUUACCCAUCGAUAGUCAAGCUGGAAAAAUUGUGGAAAGAAGCCACAAAUCUUAAGAGGGCAAAAGUGUGGCCCAAAAGGCCAUUACCUCCUCUCGAUUUACUUAAGAAGUACUCUGUUGGAGUUUUGAAUGAUGACAAAGAUGACAGUGCAGUUGUACCAAUGGUUUAAUUUCUGUGAAGAGUUAAAACCCCAGAUGAUUUUUCAGGUACCAGAAUCCUCUAACUUUAGCCAGUGAAUUGAUUUUGAAAGAAAAAAGUCUUACCAGUGACUUCCACCACUUUAUGAAAGUUUGAUGAAACGAUUGCGUUAUGGGCAAGGUUGAUAUAAUGUGUGUUUGCAUGGAUUGAGGAUUCAAAACAAAACAAAAAAAUUAGACAACUCUUAAGUUAGUUAGUUGUUCAGUUAAGCAUAGCAUCCAACACACGAUUCACACUUUUGCUGCAAAUGGCAAAAGAUUUGCUUUUAGAACUCUCUUAAAAAGAGAUAUUAAACAAGCUGCCAACUACAUACAUGUCCUAGUUCGAGUUUUAUCGAGCUAUAUUACUUAAUGCAGAUGAUUCAAUUAAAUGAAGACCAAAUGAGUUUGGUCUCGGUUCCUGAAUCAAAAAACAGGCCCAGACAUUUCCUACAGGCUCGUCUCUGAAUGUCCUUGAACUGACAAGACAUCUACUUGUGAUCUCCUAACUUUUACAGUACCAAACGAGGUUCAUUUAACCUCCAUUUCACAAAAUUUAUUCAAGCAAGCGUUGAUGAAAUGAUAUUGUGAAAUCACUUGCUCAAGUUAUAUCAGUUAUUGCUCUCUGAUUAGUGUUCAGAUUUAUUCUAUAAAUAAUUCUAUAUAAGCCAGUUAUUUUUAAAUGUCUUCAGCAAAAAGUGCUUGUUAACAGCAUUUCUAAAACUUUUCAUUGUACAAGCCUGUAAAUCAAAUGUUUAGUAACAGUUUUGUGGUCAGGUUGAAGUCGAAUGUCAGUGAUUGAAAUGUCAAUCUGCAGGGCAGGAAAGCUAAUUUGUAUUCGUGCCUCAUAUGCUUUACAGUCUGUGAUUUACAAAAAAUACAGGCUGUUACUGUUGCACGAUUCAUUGAGUUUUCACUAAUUUAUAUACUUAGUAGUUUUUUUAUAUCGUUUCAAUUUUUGAUAAUAUCGGUUGUAACAUAGCACAUAAAGCAUUGUGAAAUUAUUCCCUUUUUUUUUGCUUUUAUUGGCAUAAUUGUUACAUGUUCUAAUUGAACAUAACAGGACUUUCCAAACUAUGGAAUAUUAUUUUUAAUUUGUUAUAAUUAUUUAUGUAAAAAUUGCAAUGAUGAAAUAUAAAUAUCCAAUUUGAUCCUAAUUGAAUCAAGAGAGUUUAAGAUGAAGAUGAAAAUUUUUAAUGGUUCAAAUCUUUGUGAAAUAAAUAACUAAAUAAAAUUAAAAAAAUAUAGUUUUUAACUGCCUUUUACCAUCAUGUGUUAAUGAAAAUCACUAUAUACAAAAGUAAAUAGAUUGAUUGUCAAUAUUUAAUACUUUUUUUAAUGAUAUAGAGUAUAAAUUAGAUAUGCAUAAUGUUAUUUUCUAAAAUAACCAAAAGAAAAUUAAUAUUACUGAAUAAAAGAAGCAACACUGUUUUGAAAUUAUUGAAUGUUGAUUAUUUAUAAAAUCAGCAAUAUUAAAAGUUUGAAAAGUCCUGAGAAAUACUUUAUUUGUCAUAUCUCAUUUCAACAUCUACCUAGUUGGCAAAAGUACAAAUUAUUUUUGGAAAUAUAUAUAAAGCCUUAUGUGUUUGUGUUACAAAAUUUUCAGGGUACGAGAUUAAAAUUCAUGAUUUUGGUGCUUUUUCUUCAAAAACUUUUCAUUUAUUUACUUUUAAAAUCAAAAUUUUUUUGUAAAUUUCCAGAUUACAUUAAAUUGAUGAUUUUUCUUUAAAUAUUUAAUUGUUUGGCUUUUUUUUUUUUUUUUUUUUUUUUUUUUUGCCAUAUAAUUGACAUUGUUGCAGCUAUAAUUUUAUUGUGUUUUGUGGAAUUCUUAAGUUGCAAAAUUGCGUUCAAUUUUUUUUCUAGUCAAAUCGCAGAUAGUUAAAUUCAUUAAAACAAUGGCCCUAAGAAAGCUUUGAGAUGCAAUUACACAAAGUGAUUUUAAUCAAAUAAAAUUUUAAAAAAUUCAUCACUAUAAGCAGUUAGGAUCAUUGCAUCUCUUAGCCUUGAGAUUUUAAAAUUAAACAAAAUACUCAUUCUGUUUUUUUAAGUAUUUUAGUACUUAACAAUUAACCAAAGAAUUUAUGAGUUUCAUUUUUUUAAUGUACUAAGUGUGUAAUUUCUAAUUUGAUAGGUUAAAUAAUCUUUAGAAGUUUUUGUCGAUAGAAAUUAAAUGUAGUAACAAAAUGGAUAAUUAAGCAACAACUUUAAAUCACUUUUUAA